AGCAGCCUGUCUGUUAUGUCUCCUGAAUAUUUGUCAGAGUGAGCACUCUUCCUCUUUGUCCCCUCUGUGUUUUGACGUGGCGCCGGGCCGCCGCCAUGUUGUUUUGCUUCGUUGUCAGUAGAGGAGCAGCAGCGGCGGCAGAUCGCAGCGUUGCCAUGGCGACCUUCCCAGAGUACAUUGCUCAGAAUGAGGAGCGUGAUGGCGUGCGGUUCAGCUGGAACGUGUGGCCGUCGAGCCGGCUGGAGGCGACCCGGAUGGUGGUGCCGGUGGCGGCUCUGUUCACGCCGCUGAAGGAGCGACCCGAUCUGCCCCCGAUCCAGUAUGAGCCGGUCCUCUGCAGCCGAGCCACCUGCCGCGCCGUACUUAACCCGCUGUGCCAAGUGGACUACAGAGCCAAACUGUGGGCCUGUAACUUCUGUUACCAGAGGAACCAGUUUCCUCCAUCUUACGCUGGAAUCUCUGAAGUGAACCAACCUGCUGAGCUGCUGCCGCAGUUCUCCACCAUCGAGUACGUCGUCCAGCGGGGUCCUCAGAUGCCGCUGGUCUUCCUGUACGUGGUGGACACCUGUAUGGAGGACGAGGACCUGCAGGCUCUGAAGGAGUCUCUGCAGAUGUCCCUGUCUCUGCUGCCUCCCACUGCACUCGUUGGACUCAUCACCUUUGGACGGAUGGUUCAGGUCCACGAGCUCGGCUGUGAGGGGAUCUCCAAGAGCUACGUCUUCAGAGGGACCAAGGACCUCAACGCCAAGCAGCUACAGGAGAUGCUCGGUUUGACCAAACCUGCAGCCAGUCAGGGACGAAGUCCUCAGACCACCCAACAGCCCCUGUCCAACAGGUUCCUGCAGCCGGUGCAGAAGAUCGACAUGAACCUGACUGACCUGUUGGGGGAGCUGCAGCGGGACCCCUGGCCCGUCACUCAGGGGAAGAGACCGCUGCGUUCGCUGGGCGUCGCCAUGUCCAUCGCUGUCGGCCUGCUGGAGUGCACCUUUCCAAACACGGGCGCUCGGAUCUUGACGUUCAUCGGCGGCCCGGCGACGCAGGGUCCUGGCAUGGUGGUGGGAGACGAACUGAAGACCCCCAUCAGGUCCUGGCACGACCUGGAGAAGGACAACGCCAAGUUCAUGAAGAAGGCCACCAAGCACUAUGAGUCUCUCGCUAACAGAGCGUCCACUAACGGUCACAUCAUCGACAUCUACGCCUGCGCUCUGGAUCAGACCGGCCUGCUGGAGAUGAAGUGCUGUGCCAACUACACUGGAGGUUACAUGGUGAUGGCUGACUCCUUCAACACAUCUCUCUUCAAACAAACCUUCCAGAGAGUUUUCACCAAAGACGUCCAAGGAUCCUUCAAGAUGGCCUUCGCCGCCACGCUGGAGGUCAAGACGUCCAGAGAGAUAAAAGUGUCAGGAGCAAUCGGACCGUGUGUGUCUCUGAGCGCUAAAGGGCCGUGUGUCUCUGAGAACGAGAUUGGGACCGGAGGAACUUGUCAGUGGAAGAUCUGCGGUUUGGAUCCGUCCACCACGCUGGCUCUUUACUUUGAGGUUGUCAACCAGCACAACGCUCCGAUCCCUCAGGGCGGCCGCGGAGCGAUCCAGUUCGUCACGCAGUACCAACACUCGUCAGGACAGAGACGCAUCAGAGUGUCCACCACCGCCAGGAACUGGGCAGACGCUCAGACUCAGAUCCAGAGCAUCGCAGCAUCCUUUGAUCAGGAGGCGGCGGCCAUCUUGAUGGCGAGGCUUGCAGUGUACCGGGCAGAGACGGAGGAGGGGCCUGAUGUCCUGCGAUGGUUGGACAGACAGCUGAUCAGACUGUGUCAGAAGUUUGGAGAUUAUCACAAAGACGACCCGAACUCCUUCAGGUUCUCUGAGACCUUCUCCCUCUACCCUCAGUUCAUGUUCCACCUGCGGCGCUCUCCGUUCCUACAGGUGUUCAACAACAGUCCAGAUGAGAGUUCAUAUUACAGACAUCAGUUCAACAGACAGGACCUGACGCAGGCGCUCAUCAUGAUCCAGCCCGUGCUCUACGCCUACUCCUUCAACGGACCCCCUGAGCCGGUCCUGUUGGACAGCAGCAGCAUCCUGCCGGACAGAAUCCUGCUGAUGGACACGUUCUUCCAGAUCCUCAUCUACCACGGAGAGACGGUGGCUCAGUGGAGGAAGGCAGGUUAUCAGGAGAUGGCCGAGUAUGAAAACUUCAGACACCUCCUCCAGGCUCCAGUGGACGAUGCUCAAGAGCUGCUGCACACUCGCUUCCCGAUGCCCCGAUACAUCGACACGGAGCACGGAGGCAGCCAGGCUCGCUUCCUGCUCUCCAAAGUGAACCCGUCACAGACCCACAACAACAUGUAUGCCUGGGGUCAGGAAUCUGGAGCUCCCAUCCUCACAGACGACGUCAGCCUGCAGGUGUUCAUGGAUCACCUGAAGAAGCUCGCCGUCUCCAGCGCUGCCUGACCUCACCUGUCGACUCAGCUGUCUGCGAUAUGUUUAGUCUUUUACUUUGCGUUUGCUGCCUGAGUUCUCUUGACAACCAGUCAACCAUCUAACCAACGAGCCAAUAUGGCGCAUAGACAAACAGCCACCUGGCCGCCUUCUAGUAUCAGCCAAUCAGCAGCAAGUUUCAGAUCAACAACAACCAGAAGUGAUGCAUGUUCAACGUCCAGUUAACGAAAACGUAUAUAUUCAGACUUUUCCGCUGUUUGUUUCAUUUUUACUCCUGAAAAGAAAAAGUUUGUUUGUUUGAAUUUGAGACGCUUCAUUUAAAGGAGCAGAUCAGCCGGUCGCCAUGUUUCAGCCUGGAACCAUCAACUUUACAUCACACAUGAUAAACUGUGUACUCUCAGUGCAACAGUGAAUGUUACAUCGUGCAGCACACUUAAGCUGCUUUUUGUAAGAGAGUUGAUUCUUCUGGGACAGCGGACGACUGUCCUACAAUCCCGGAGUCGUUAUCUGACGCGCUGGGAAUGUUUAAGGUCACGUUCCAGCAGCUGCCUGGAAAAGAAACAACUCAAGAAGAAGGAAUGAUUAGAGGGGCUGAAAUGUGUGAACGCAGUGGGCGGUCUGCUCCUUUAGAAUCCAACAUGUCCGUCAUUUUUCCGUCUCAGCAACAAAUCUCAGUUUUUCAAAACGAGCAAACAAAUGUAAAAAGUGUGAAGGAAACUUUGUGCCGUCGUCAGAAACAAGACAAACUGAAGUGGUUUCACACAGUGUCUGAUGUUCCAUCAGUCGGCUGUCUGUCAGACGUUCACUGAUCGGAUCAGAAUCUAAGUCGUGGAUCUUCAGUUUGAACUUGUUGAUCAUCACUGCACUUUUUACUUCAGCUGUGUGUCUUUUGUGUUUGUGAUGAUGGACAAGUUUGAUGAAGCUGCGGCAGCCGUUUUUUUUUAACCUGAUGUUUGUUGAGCAGUAAUAAGUUAUAAGUCUUAUUGACAACGAGGACACGUCUGUCAGCUGUUGGUCAUCCAAUUUCUCAGCGAAGCCAUUGAACACUAAAAGUCGUGAGGACAGAAAACCUGUCGAUGUUUUCAUUCAGACUUUGUUCUGUUUCUAAUAAAACUGCUGACGAGAG